CAUCACAGUAGAAGAGAAAGUGAAACUUGCUUGAUCAACAACAAUAUGGACACCUGAAACGAUCAACUUCUUUAAACAACAGAAUAUUUAUUGAGGCGUUCAAAGAGACUUGGGAACACAUCUGAUACUCACAGUCCCUAGUUUAGUUUGUUGUGGUUCUUCUUGAAAAGGCUAAAUAGGGGAAGAGCAAUGGCAGAAUCGGCAUCAAUAUCAUCAAAAGGAAGAGAGACCAUGAGACGGAGUAUAAAUCUGCCUCCAGAUAUGUCAUCCUCUAGUGGUCCACUGACUGAGGAGCUUCAGUGCUCUAUCUGUCUGGACGUGUUCACUGAUCCAGUCACCACUUCAUGUGGACACAACUUCUGCAAGACCUGUCUGAAUAAGUGCUGGGACAACAGCCAGACCUGCAGCUGUCCAUGUUGUAAAGAAACAUUCAAGCACAGACCUGAUCUCAAGAUUAAUACCACACUCAGAGAGGUUGUAGAUCACUAUAAGAAGAAAAUUCCUGAGAAAACAACUGAUGUUGUGAAAGAAACUGAAGUUCUGUGUGACAUCUGUGAGGAAAGAGAGCAGAAAGCCCUGAAGUCGUGUCUGGUGUGUCAGAGCUCUUACUGUGAAACUCACCUGGAGCGUCAUUUGAGAGUGGCAGGUUUAAAGAAACACAAACUGAUCAAUCCUGUGAGUAAUCUGGAGGACUAUAUAUGUCAGAAACAUGAGAGACCUCUGGAGCUGUUCUGUAGAGAUGAUCAGACAUGUGUGUGUCCGAUGUGUGACGUGACAGACCACAAGAACCACAACACUGUUUCUAUAGAAGAGGAGAGUGAGGAGAAGAAGGCUCAACUGAUGAAAACACAGAAAGGUGUGCAGCAGACGAUCCAGGACAGAAUCAAGAAGAUUCAAGACAUCAAACACUCAUCAGAAGUCAGAAAAAGAAACACAGAGAAGGAGAAAGCAGCCCGUGUCGAGCUCUUCACUGAUCUCAUCCGCUCCAUUGAGAGAUGUCAGACUGAACUGCUGGAGAUGAUGGAGGAGCAGCAGAAAGCAGCAGAGAAACAGGAGGAAGAGCUCAUUGAAGAGCUGGAGCAGGAGAUCACUGAGCUAAAGAUGAGAAACUCUGAGCUGGAGGAGCUCUCACAGACUGACGAUCACCUCCACUUCCUACAGACCUACUCAUCCCUGUGCAGCCCUAGAAACACCAGGAACUGGUCUGAGAUCAGUAUGAAGACUGAUGAGAGUCUGGAGACUCUGAGGAAAGCUCUGACUCAACUGCAGGACACUCUACAGGAGAAACUCACGCUAACUGAGGUGAAGAGGAUGCAGCAGUAUGCAGUGGAUGUGACUCUGGAUCCUGAUACAGCUCAUCCAAACCUCAUCCUGUCUGAUGAUGGAAAACAAGUGAGAUGUGGAGACAUUAAGCAGAAACUCCCAGACAAACCAGGGAGAUUUGAUCAAUGUAUAUGUGUUCUGGGAAAGGAGAGAUUCUCCUCAGGGAGAUUUUAUUUUGAGGUGCAGGUGAAGGAAAAGACUAGAUGGGAGUUAGGAGUGGCCAGAGAAUCCAUUAUCAGGAAGGGAAAGAUCUCACUGAGUCCCAGUAAUGGAUACUGGACUGUGGUUCUGAGGAAUGAGAAUGAAUAUGAAGCCUUUGCUGGUCCUCCUGUCUCUCUGUCUCUGAGCGUGAAGCUGCAGCGGGUCUGUGUGUUUGUGGAUUAUGAAGAGGGUCUGGUCUCCUUUUAUGAUGUGGAGUCCAGCUCUCAUAUCUACUCUUUCACUGAUCAGUCUUUCAAUGACAAACUCUGUCCAUAUUUUAGCCCAGGCUUUAAUAAUGGAGGUAAAAACUCGACUCCACUGAUCAUCACACCUGUCAAUUACAAUAAAUGAAUUCAUACCCCUAAUAUGAAAUAUUUGAUGAAAAUAAUGCUGCAUGUAAUUAAUGUUUAAAAACACUAAAAUGUAUGUGUUAACUCAAAGAAUGAGAAUCAUUUGUUGUUGCUGCUUGGUUUACAUCACAGUGACUUUUUUGUUUUGUACUUUUAAUUGAUUAAUUGUUGUUUCUGUUUUAUUGUGUCCGAUAUUAACCCUACAUAAUUAUCUCACCAUAGCAGAUAUUUUAGAGUGGAUUCACAACAAUUAAUUGAGUGUGACACUGUUGGUGCUUUUCCACUGUACUGUAUGGCUCGGAUUGCUUUUCCACUGCUGUUAGUACUGAUUCAAAGUGGGUGGGAUUAUAGACGGAUCAUUAUAGUUGCACCAUGCAGUGGAAAAACACCAUUAAAGUCCCCCUGUAACCAAUAAUUUGAUCCCUCAAAACUCAUCUUUGAUCACCAAAAUUACAUAUUUAUACAUAUAAUAUCUUGAAAUGCCUUAAAAUAGCCUGAAUGUAACUCUACACUCUUGCCUCAUUUAGUAUAUGGGAUUCUAUGAAUAUGCUAAUAAAGCGCUAUAGAAAUAACUUGAUUUGACUUGAUUCUUACAUUCCAGGUUCACAACCAUAAAUCAGGGUCAUCAGUUUCAUUUGUACAUACAAUUCACACAUUCUGUGGCCUUAUAAACAUGUUAACUGCAAAAGAAUCAAGAUUUUACACCAUUUCUGUAGAAGCGACCCAUAUGUUUGGUUACAUAAAUCUGAAAAGCUUUUAAAUUUUCUUGUUUUGUGUUUUCAUGUUUGAAAGUUUCAAAGUAUGUCAUGAGAUCAGUAACAAAAGACUAUAUAUGAGGUUUUCUUGUGAAUGUAAAACUUUGCCAAGAUAAUUAAAAGAUGUAAUUUUGUUCUUCAGAAUAAUAUGGGU